AGAGCAGUUGGCAACGGGUUUUCAUCGAAUGCGGCCACGGAUAAUGCAGAACUAAGAAAUAAACGCAUUGUGCAAAACAGUGCAACGCUCCUUAAAAAAAGAAAUUAAUCUAAAAAAAAAAGAAGUGUUGAGAAAGUGAAACAAAUCAAAAUCAAUGUGAUCGGGAAAUUGUAAUUGCAGCUGAUUUAAAUGAAUUGAUUUAAAAGUUACUCGAAAUAAAUAACGGACAUUUUUUCUGCUGAGCAUAUUGAAAUUGGUUUGAAAGCAAAUACAUACUUGUAUCUGAUGUGAUUUGAACUGAUUGAAAUACACACUCCUGAGAAAACAUUCGAACAUUAUAAAAUUCGCAUAAAUUGUGAACACACAUGUAAUACGCCAAAAUGUCGAAGAAACCACGAGGGCAUAUACACAAAAUUCGUGAAUUCGAAUUGGAAAAGAUACAACUGGUGGAUGAGUUUGAUAUCAUACAAAUUGUUGGCGAAGGAUGGUUCGGAAAGAUUUUGUUGGUUGAACAUCGGGGAUCUCAAACCGAAAUGGUACUGAAAGCGGUUCCUAAGCCAUAUGUGACAUUACGUGACUUCUAUCGCGAAUUUCACUAUGGACUGCAUCUGGGCGUGCAUCGGCACAUCGUAACCACAUACGAUGUGGCCUUUGAGACGGCGGGAUUUUAUGUAUUCACCCAGGAAUAUGCACCACUGGGUGAUCUUACGUCAAAUGUAACCGAGACGGGCGUGGGAGAAGUGUACAGCAAACGUGUGGCUAAACAGUUGGCCUCCGCCAUAGAUUACAUGCAUUCAAAAGACAUUGUGCAUCGCGAUAUCAAGCUAGAUAAUGUGCUCAUUUAUCGCUCAGACUUUCAACGCAUCAAACUGUGCGACUUCGGCGAAUCCUUUCAAACUGGUACCUUAGUGGAACGGCGCAAUGAAUGGUUGCCCUACAGUCCACCAGAAGUAUUAGAAGUCAAGCCCGAAGGCACCUACAAAGCCGAUCCCAGUCACGAUGUUUGGCAGUUUGGCAUCGUCAUCUUUGUCUGCCUCACAGGUUGUCUGCCUUGGCAGAAGGCUUGUUCCGAGGAUCCUCGCUAUAUGCGAUAUAUGGUCUGGCAAGGCAGCAUAAUGAUGAUGCCUCUACGACGCACACCAAAACUAUUCAAGCUAUUAACUUCACGUGCACAGCGCAUGUUUAAGCGUUUUCUGGAACCUAGAAGCGGCAACAGGCCAAAGAGUCUGGGCGACUUGACCAAGUUCAUGGACGAUCGCUGGCUGGCCAAGACGGCGGAGAAGGAAAUGGCUGAAUAUGAGACAGACGAACUGUGCCCUUCCAUGUAUUCCUUUCACAGCAGCCCCGACGAAAAAAAUCGCCUGCUCUACACACUGGCCGACUGUGGCAUCGAGACAAAUGUCGAUCGUCAGCUCAAGAAGAAUCGCAUAAAAGACUGGAUUGAAUCGUCCAUCAUCACAGAGGAGGAUGAGGAAGAGAACGAGGAGACAAACUCGGCAUCGCCAACAUCGUCUGUCUCACGCGAACCGAUGCCCGGCCACAUCUCCUCCAUACGCCAGCCACAGCAGCCGGAGAAAUCCAAAGAGAUCAAGAGCACACUGAAAGAUGCCACACAGAAGCACUUCGAUCCACGCACUGGAGCACUGCAGCAGGGACCAAGUGAGAUGGGCAUGGCCAUGCACACAUCCAAGUCGAUGAGUUUGGCAUCGUCGUCGACGCUCAACAAUGCAGACAGUUUGCUAACGCUGGGCUCUAGGCAGGAUAUGCUGGCCAGCAAUCUGACCAUUUAUAAUUCUAUGGAAAUGGAGCUGAACCGCUUAGGUAAGGCUCAGCCACUGCUGCAAGUGGAGGGCUAUUUAACUCAAUCACAGAGCAACAACCAACUACUAACCGCACUCGAUGUGCCGCACGACGCCCGCUCCUCCACUCCUGCCGCUAAGAACUCCAUCGGCGUUGGCACACGGGGUGCCACCAAGAGUAUUCUGCACCGCUCCAAGUCCGACUCACUGCAGGGGGCCAUGUACAACAGCAUGCCGGCCAUUGAUAACGUCAACUCCUUUACCGCUUUUAACACCAAUAUUAACCAGCAGAGUCUGCAACCGUUGCUGUUGCAACAGAGCAACAGUAAUGCACCCAAUGGCAGUGCCUACUUCAGCAGUGGUAAUAACAAUCGAACUAAUCAAAGUAAAACGGUGACUUUUAUGGGCUUAACUAAUGCCUUCCAAUCGCUUGCUCAACUCCCAGUGCUGUCUAAUCCAGUCCAGGCACCUGCUGUGCCAUCUGCCGUCCACUCGAAUUAUUUUAAUCGCUCCCACAAUGAUUCUCAAGUCAAAGACAGCGCGUAUGGAUCAGCUGAUGUGAACGAUACGAUGACCACACACCAUCCGCAACAUCCACAUAGCAAUGCCCGGCAAAUGGUUUACAAUGGAGGAGGAGGUGGAGCACGCGAAUCGAAUUUGAAGGAUACGGCUUACGACCGAGUCGUCGUCACUAACAACAGCGCGCGAAAGCGCAGAUAGCUUGUGCAACAUCACAUCCACGCUAUGCUACACAAUACUAUUUGCAAGUUCCAAUAAAAAUUAAACGUAAAUUUGUGAAAAACACUUCAUCUUCUGUUUGUCGUUUUCAAUUGAAAGGCAUCAUUACGUUCUUAAAAAAUUACGUUUCCAUUUAUUAUGCGUAAAAAUCCAAAAACAAGCCAGAGCCGGAGACAACUCUGUUGCAGACAAUGCCGCUUACUUGAGGGGAAUAAAACGUGAGCUGUGGGUGGCACCAAUACCGGGCCUACCGU